GAAGCCUCACCUCACAUCGAGCGUAACACCGCUCCAACCACUAGGCUGGCUGCUCAGUGUCCAUGAAACCAACAUCUACAUUGGUCCAAAGGUCUUGCUCCCGCUCAGGUAUUUGUCAUAGAAGCAUCCAAGGUUUAAUAUGACUGGCUAUGGGCAUCAUCGAACCUUCCACGCAGGCUUCUCUGCAAGAGUCCCACUCAUGGUGGCGUCGUUUCGUAGUGUUUGCCUUGCUAAUUUCUUUAAUUCAGGAUUUUACAUUGAUGGGGACCCUUUUUUCCCUUUCGCUAUGUCCCUUGCGGCAACAACCCUAGCCCUUUCGACCAGGAUCGCUUACCUCUUGCGGGGGAGCCAAGCUCAAUCGUCGUCUUGCAAUCUGGGACUUAGGGCUGUUCUGCAGAGACAUUUCUAGCUCGUGAUUAGAAAAAGCACAUAAAGAGGAAUAUCGGAGCGCCUUUG